GCCUGUGUGCUCCUUCAGUGCGGACCUGGUGCCUCUUUUGUGAAGCGGCAGCUGAGGAGACUCCGGCGUUCGCCAUGGCCGACGAGAAACCCAAGGAAGGAGUCAAGACUGAGAACAACGACCAUAUUAAUUUGAAGGUGGCGGGUCAGGAUGGCUCUGUGGUGCAGUUUAAAAUUAAGAGGCAUACACCACUUAGUAAACUAAUGAAAGCCUAUUGUGAACGACAGGGUUUGUCAAUGAGGCAGAUCAGAUUCCGGUUUGAUGGGCAGCCAAUCAAUGAAACAGACACACCUGCACAGUUGGAAAUGGAGGAUGAAGAUACGAUUGAUGUGUUCCAGCAGCAGACAGGAGGUGUCUACUAAAAAGGGAACCUGCUACUUUACUCCAGAAUUUUGUUAUAGACCAAGAAUACAUUCGCAAUUAGAAAGCCGCAAUUUGGUUCCACCACAUCCUGACUACUACAGUAUAGUUUUCUCUAUUCUUUCAUUUCCCUGUCCCCAUUUCUUUAUUGUACAUAAAGUAACUGGUGUAUGUGCACAAGCAUAUUGCGCUUUUUUCUUUUUUUUUUUUUUUCUUUUUUCUUUUUUAAA